CGCAUGCUCACAUUGGACAUGUUUACGGAAGUAGCUACUAGCUACCCAUCUUUCAGCUUUUAACCCAUUUCCUUGAUAUAAAUAUCGUUUGCGAAAUUAUUAUAGCAUCGUAAGGGCAACAUUUCAUGAAAACCCAUUAAAUCCGUUUUCAGAACAAGAUAAAGAUAUCGAGGCGAAGUUACGAGAUGUGCUAUGCCAGCUAGUCGACCGUGUGUUUGCGAGAUACAGCUGACAUUAGUUUAAAAACUACUGUAAUUCACUUGCCUGUUUGGAUUGAGUUCUCUAAAAUUGAAGCGAUAUAAUAAGCGACACAAUGGGGGCCGAGCAAAGUGCUGAUUCUGAGCAUAAACACUCUGACUACAGCUCCUCAGUGGUGCCCUCUCCGGCAAAACAGAAGGCCAAAAUGGAUGACAUUGUGGUGGUGGCCCAGGGAACACAGUCAUUGCGGAACAUCCACAAUGACCCUGAUGUCAUCAAGCUUCAGGAAAUUCCCACUUUUCAGCCAUUAUUAAAAGGUGUGCUGAGUGGCCAGACGUCCCCCAGCAGUUUGUGUUUGGAGCGACUGGACUCUGCGCAGGUCCUGCAACUGUGUGUCCGGUACCAGGACCACCUGCACCAGUGUGCAGAGGCCGUGGCCUUCGACCAGAACGCCCUGGUCAAGAGGAUCAAAGAGAUGGACUUGUCGGUGGAGACUUUGUUCAGCAUCAUGCAGGAGCGUCAGAAGCGCUAUGCUAAGUACGCCGAGCAGAUCCAGAAGGUAAACGAGAUGUCUGUGAUUCUGCGGCGUAUCCAGAUGGGCAUCGACCAGACCGUCCCUCUGAUGGAGAGACUUAACAACCUGUUGCCGGACAGCGAACGCCUGGAGCCUUUCAGUAUGAGGCCAGAUGGGGAGGCUUCCACCAAAUUGCCGUAGCUCUACCCACGUACCCCGUUCAAUUCAUUGUUGAGGACCUCUCCUAUGCCCCCCCCCCUUCCCCCAGGCAUCACCCCAGAAGGACUUUAUCAAAGCUCUUUAUUGGGUCAUUAUUGUUGAACAGAGAGGGAGAGAGCAAGAAGAGUGAGCACUGACCCAGUAGCUCCCCCCAGCCAACCUGACACAACUGAUGGUCCCUCCAGGCCCUCACAUACGCCUUAGACACUCUCCUGGCCACGCCCUUCCCAGCAGCCUAAGCGGGCUGAAGGGACAGCUGCACCCUCCUGUCAAGGAAGUGACCGUUAAACUGAAGUUUACAUGAUAAUGCACUAAAACAAAGUUUGAAUUGGGAUUUUGGAUUACUGGUGCUUACUAGGCAGAGUGUGGUGAGAGACUGACCUCACCACUGGAAGUAUUGCGGUUGAACUCGAGAGGAAAAAAAGCUUGAAGCUUGAACUUAAUGUUUUUCUUGUUUAGGUGGGACAUGUUAUUUUGCUAAAUUAUUUUGAUUGUCAGGUGCUUGAAUAUGCUGUUUUUCUCUGUGCAUUUUUGACAUGGUUUACAUGAAGACAUGUUGUUUGGUGAAUUAAUCAAUCUAAGGAGUUGGAAACAUUCAUGGCUAGAUUCUUCAAGGAACUGUUUUGAUUCUGAUAUAUAAUCACCAUGGUGUUGACAAUAACUAGAACUAAAAAUACAUUUUCAUAUUGGUUUGUAUGCUACGAAGAAAAGGAGCAAUGUCCUCUCUCCCUCUCUGUAACUGUAAUGUAUUCUCCUUCAGAAUCUAAUGUUUGGACCUUUGAAUUAAAUAUCAUUGCCUUUUAUGUUUAAAAUAACAAGAAGAAAAUCCAAUAAGUGCUUAGGCAGUAUUGUUUGAACUCAGAAACCAUCAUGGAAAUGUGAGUCACUCUGCAUACAGACAGACCAAGAGCUUGUGUUAAUUCUUGUGCACAGUUGCUUUAUGGUUAGAGGGUUGUACUCUACUUUACUUGUGAAUAUGUAAUGCAGAAGAGGCCUUACUUACUGAUUCUCAUAGUCUGAACAUUAAUACAGCAAGAUGACCCAAUACAUUUUGCUUUCAGGAAAUUCAUUUUUGAGAAAUCCAAUUUCCCAGUGUAAGUUAAGCC